UGACAGGCAAGGUAAAACUAAGCCCCGCCCAUUAUGAAACGACGCGUUCCAUGCAAAUUUUCUUUCUUCUCAAACGAUUUCGUUUCUGUCCUUCAGGACUAAACUCAUGGCCAAAAAUGCGGUCUAGAUAGACAGCACACUUGUAUUUGAGACACGGCCUCAUUUACAUUCAUCAGAUCAGUCCACUCGCUAAUGCUGGAGGAACUACAGCUCUUAAAAAUCAUUUUUACAGCUUUAUGCCCAUCUGACACGAGCAGAUCAGACUUCAGCGCUCAUAUGUGGAGUUUGUUUGGGAUUCUGGAGUGAUUUGAGCUGAAGUUUGAGCUGCUUGUGUUUUUACAGGAGCUAAUGUUAGCCUGUUAGCUCUCUUAAUCUGUGUUUAUAAACCUGAUCAAGUCAAGAUGAAGAUCACUGUGGAUUUCGAGGAAUGUCUCAAGGAUUCUCCCAGAUUCAGGGCAACCAUCGAGGAGGCGGAGGGCGACGUCUGUGAGCUCGAGUCGAAACUAGACAAGCUGGUGAAACUAUGCAUUGGGAUGAUAGAUGCUGGAAAGGCAUACAACACGGCCAACAGGCAGUUUGUGAACGGGAUUCGGGAACUGGCGCAGCAGUCUACCAAAGAUGAUGUUAUCGAGUCCAGUCUGAACACGUUUGCAGAGAAUCUUCAAGAGAUGAUCAACUAUCACACAAUUUUAUUCGACCAAGCACAACGAUCAAUCAAAUCACAACUGCAGACAUUCAUUCGAGAGGACCUUCGGAAAUUUAAAGAAGCUAAGAAACAGUUUGACAAAGUGAGCGAGGAGAAAGAAGCAGCCCUGUCCAAAAAUGCCCAGGCGCCUCGAAACAAACAACACGAGGUGGAGGAGGCCACCAACAUCCUCAACGCCACGCGCAAGUGCUUCCGCCACAUCGUCCUGGACUACGUCCUUCAGAUUAAUGUGCUGCAGUCCAAGAGACGAUCAGAAAUCCUCAAAUCGAUGCUGUCCUUCAUGUACGCCCACCUGACAUUCUUCCAUCAAGGUUAUGAUCUGUUCAGUGAACUACAACCCCUCAUGAAACAACUGACCGGACAGCUGGAUCAGCUGGUGAUCGACUCCGCAAAAGAGAGGAAAGAUAUGGAGAUGAAACACUCGACUAUUCAGCAGAAGGACUUCUCAAAUGACGACACCAAGCUGGAGUACAAUGUGGAUGCAGAGAGUGGGAUCGUCAUGGAGGGGUAUCUGUUCAAGAGAGCCAGCAACGCCUUUAAAACCUGGAACAGGCGGUGGUUCUCGAUUCAGAACAAUCAGCUAGUGUACCAAAAGAAAUUUAAGGAUAACCCUACGGUUGUGGUGGAGGACUUGAGGUUAUGCACCGUCAAACACUGCGAGGACAUCGAGCGCAGAUUCUGCUUCGAAGUGGUUUCUCCAACAAAGAGCUGUAUGAUGCAAGCGGACUCAGAAAAGCUCCGGCAGGCCUGGAUCAAAGCGGUCCAAAACAGCAUCGCCACAGCCUUCAGAGACAAAGCAGAGGACGCCGAGAAGAUGGACAGGAAGUCGUCCACAUCAACGGGCAGCCUGGACUCAGCCGGCGAGGUGAAGGAGAGGAGUCUGAAGGGCGAGAGCGCGCUGCAGAGGGUCAUGGCCAUCGGCGGGAACAGCAUCUGCUGCGACUGCGGUCAGCCGGAGCCGCGCUGGGCCAGCAUCAACCUGGGCAUCACGCUCUGCAUCCAGUGCUCGGGCAUUCACAGGAGUCUCGGCGUUCAUUUCUCAAAGGUCCGGUCUCUGACGCUGGAUACGUGGGAGCCUGAGCUGCUCAAGCUGAUGUGUGAGCUGGGAAACGGUGUCAUAAAUCAGAUCUACGAGGCUCGACGAGAAGAAUUAGGAGCCAGGAAACCACAACCAGGAGAUCCCAGGCAGGAGGUGGAGGCCUACAUCAAAGCCAAGUACGUGGAGCGCAGGUUUGUGCAGAGACGCUCCGAAGACCAGAUCAGACAGAAGGUUUUAUCGCUGAGUAAACAGGAUAAACGUCUCAGCGGCUGCUCGGAUGCUCGACCUGCCAGAGGACCGUCGGCGUCUACAGCGUCCGCUUCCUCAGUGAAAAGCCCAGACGGUGACGUGCAGAAGAUGGCAGAUGGAAGCAGAGAGUCGCUGAGCUCGAGUGCUUCCUCCGGCGCGCUCAACGACGCAGACGGCCCAGAGCUGCACAUCUCCGAGCCUCAGGAGGAGUGCUCUGGGAAAGGUCAGGUGGUGUCCUGCGAGCCGGGCCUGCAGCUGUACUGGGCGUCUUUCUGCCGCAGUCUGCCGGACAUGGCCGAGGCUCUCGCUCACGGAGCAGCGGUCAACUGGACCAACGCCGACGAGCAGAACAGGACGCCGCUCAUAAUGGCUGUUCACGGGGGGUCUCUGGUCACCUGUGAGUUCCUGCUCCAGAAUUCAGCCAGCGUCAAUCAGCAGGACAGUCUGGGCAGAGGACCUUUACAUCACGCCACUAUCCUGGGCCGCACCGGGCAAGUGUGUUUAUUUCUAAAACGAGGAGCCAAUCAGAACGCAGCAGACGCUGCGAAUCAAACGCCGCUUUCAAUCGCAGUCGAGGCAGCAAACGCUGAUAUUGUCACGCUGCUUCGGCUGGCCAAGAUGAACGAGGAGAUGCGUGAAUCUGAGGGUCCCUACAGUCAGUCAGGAGAUGAAACGUAUCAGGACAUUUUCCAAGACUUCUCCCAGAUGGCAUCGAACGACCCUGACAAACUCAACCGCUACUGAGCAGAUUUUGGAUGGUAUAUCACACCACAACAACCUCCUCAUAACUGCAGUUUGGGAUUUUUCUCCAAAUCGGAUUAAAAUAAUUUUUUUUUAAAUGAAAUUAGUGUUGUUGCCCAUAAAAUAAUGUGGGUGACACCAGUUGAAUUGUUGCGUUUUUAUUGUAAAUGUAGAUAAAACUAUUUCAUAUAGGAUUUAAUUGAUGGAUCCAUUGGCUGUAUCUAUAUAGAUUUUCAGAUGAAUAAGCGUAAUGUAAUAUUUGAGCCAUUUAUGAAGCGUGCUGAAUGAAUUUUUUUUGUUUGGAAAUCAUUCAAAGUAAAUGCAAUUGGUUUUACAAACAAAUUAAUUCUGCUUGUUUCACAAAUGAGGGUUUUUAGCUAAAUAGUACAUUUUAGUAAGUUGCAUUGGUGUAUGAUUGUAGAGCGAGGAUGAAACCAUUUAAGUUUACAUGAUAUCAGUUUUAAAGACUAUACUUUCAUUACGUCAUUUACUCGUUCAUUUUUGAAAGAAAAUCUUGUGAAAACUCAAUUUAGCAUGAACACCCCACUUUCUUUGUAUGUUCAAAUAAUAUACAAGUGAAACCACAGUGUAAGGGGGUGUAAAAUUGUGUAUAUUCUGUACAUAUGUUAUCUUGGGCUGGGAAGUUUAUUUUGUGGUACUUCAAAUGUUGUAAUAAGCUAGUUUGGAUCGAUUUUUGUGCUUUCUUGCCCCUGUAUUCAUUCUGUAAUCAUCUCUGUAUGACCCAUGCAGUUUUUAAGAUUAUUUUAUCCAGUGCGAAUGUCUGACUGAAAAUAUCUCAAAAUAUAUAAAUUGUUUUCUCAA